GAAGGGGAAUACGAUGGUACCUAGAAUACCCUAUUUAUACCAUGCCUGCUCUAUGUUGCCUCACAUUCAUACCCAUUUGUUCUUCUCAUCACUUGCCAGCAUGUCUUCUCGGUCAGCUUCCGUCCUUGUGUUGUUGGCUUUAAUCUGUGCUUCAUUCUCAGACGGAGCAACAGCAUUUACCCGGCCAAGUGGUCUUAUGCUGAAAGUCACUCAAGACUCCGAAACUCUGCAAUAUAUUACUGAAAUCGAGCAAGCGACGCCACUGCAGAAGAAACGUUUGGUGGUAGAUAUUGGCGGAGAUCAGGUUUGGGUGCAAUGCGGAGGGGGCUCCUACAAUUCCUCCACCUUCCGACGUACUCGCUGUCACUCAGCCGUUUGAUCGGCAGCAGGGGGCGGGUGUGUCGAUUGCCUAUUUCGGCCUCGUGGAAUCGGAUGCAACAAUAACACAUGCGGCGUAACAGUUUCCAACUCCGUCACAUUAUUUGGAAUAAGCGGUCAGGUGGGGCAAGAUGUGUUGGCCCUCUCUUCCACCGACGGCAAAAACCCAGGCCGGAUGGUCACAGUGCCCCAUUUCACCUUCUCCUGUGGAGAUGCCAAUCUUCUCUUUGCACUUGCUCGAGGAGUCGUGGGUAUGGCAGGACUCGGCAGCACUCGCAUUGCUCUGCCCUCUCAGUUGUCCGCCGCCUUCACUUUCCCUCGCAAAUUCGCCAUGUGUCUCCCGGCAGCCGCUCAACCGGGUGUCGUCUUGUUUGGCAAGGUGCCCUACGUCUUUCUUCCCGGAAUAGAUGUUUCUCAGCGCCUCACUUACACUCCUCUGCUCAAAGCCCCUGACGUUUUCCCAGGCCGGUAUUUUAUUUCUGUUACAGCCAUCCGGGUAAGUGAAAAGAAAGUCGCCAUCAAUUCCACCAAAUUAAAGAUCAACAGCCAGGGCUUCGGCGGCACGGAAGUGACCAGCGCGGUUUCUUACACAACUAUUGCGAGAUCUGUGUAUACAGUGAUCCGUGACGCUUUUGUGAAAGAAGCAGAGGCGAUUAACAUCUCCCGGGCGGCCACUGUGAAACCAUUCGACGCGUGCUUCGACGCUACGACCGUUUUGUCCACCAGAGUUGGCCCGGCUGUACCACCCAUCGACCUUGUUUUGCACAACAGUAAGACGAUCUGGAGAAUCAUGGGAGCGAAUUCCAUGGUGCGUGUGAGCGAGGGAGUUUUGUGUCUUGGAUUCGUUGGAGUGGACGACGAGAUUGUCUCUACCACGAUAAGAAUUGGAGGGCAUCAGAUGCAAGAUAAUCUCCUACAGUUUGAUUUGGCCACUUCUCGCCUUGGAUUCUCCUCCACCUUGCUCGGCGUGCAGACCACGUGCUCCAACUUCAACUUCACUUCCACCGCUUGAAACCUAUCUGGUUUACAGAACAUAUUAUUCUGUUCCUUUUGAUAAAUAAAUGCGUCUGCGUGCUUUGUUGUCUCAGUUAGCACAGAGUCAUGUCUUGCGACGCAGGAGGGUCUCCUCCAUCAUGCAGUUUUCAGGAAACAGCUAGGAAUG